CAUACAUCAAAAACUACCUAGUCUGUUCAUAACAACACUUCCAACACACUAUAUACACAUUAGACAAAUCAAGGAAAGCAAGAGGAGAGAUGCAAUCUUCAAUGGAGAAGCUGAAAAAUAAGGCUAGUGCUGCCAAGGAACAAGCCGACAUAUAUAAAGCUAAAAUAGACGAGAAGGCAGAGAAAAGAAUGGCAAGAACAAAAGAGGAGAAAGUGAUAGCACAUGAGCGUGCUAAAGCUAAAGAACAUAAAGCAAAGAUGGAGCUACAUGAAGCUAAAGCAAGGCAUGCUGCUGAGAAGCUACACACCAAAAAACCACAUUAUUAUGGUCACCAUGGACCAGUUGAGGGGGUUCAACAGCCACAGCCACAAGUGGUAGGAACAAAAAAUGAACCAGUUGGGGUUCAUCAGCCAGAAGCAGUGGUAGGAAAUCAGUACCAAGAAAAUGAACCAGUAAGGGUUCCUCAGCCACAACCACAAGUGGUAGAAACAAAUCAAUACCAAGGAAACCAACCACUUGGGUCAAUUCCAAAGCCGGGAACCGUUGCUCCAACUUAUCCACUAGGAGGAGGAAACCUUCCACAGAACAAUCGCAUGUAGCAUAUAUAUGUCUUGUCUUUUGCUAUAGCUUCUUUUUUCUCCUUAUUUGAGGAUCGUUAGGAAUUUUGAUUUCAUGGAAUGUUUCCCUAUGUUAAAUUAUGAUUUAGAACCAACUAAUACACCUUAUGAUCAUUUGCUAUUCAUCUUUAGAAAAUAUUAAUAUAGGUAUCUCAAUUCUAACAUUUUAAAGAUAAUUGAUUGUGUUAUAUAUGUAUCUUGUUUA